AUGGGGGAGAAGCCGUAUUCCUGCCCUGGGUGGGAUAAAUGUUUUUCUCAUAGGUCUCAUCUUUACACACAUCAGAGAUCGCACUCAGGGGAGAAGCCGUAUUCCUGUACUGAGUGCGGGAAAUGUUUUUUAGAGAAACAUCAGAGAUGUCAUACGGGGGAGAAGCCGUAUUCCUGUCCUGAGUGCGGGAAAUGUUUUUCAAGGAAGUCCAAUCUUUACACACAUCAGAGAUUGCACACGGAGAAGAGGUUUCCCUGUACUGAGUGCGGGAAGAGUUUCCAUUUUAAAUCUCAUCUUAAUGCGCAUAAAAGAUCUCACACUGGGGAGAAGGCAUAUGCCUGCCCUGAGUGCGGGAAGUGCUUCCGUUUUAAAUACAAAGUUAAUGAGCAUAUAAAAUAUCACAUAGGGGAGAAGCCGUAUUCCUGCCAUGGGUGCGGCAAAUGUUUUUCUCAUAAGUCUCAUCUUUACAUACAUCAGAGAUCGCACUCAGGUGAGAAGCCAUUUUCCUGUACAGAGUGCGGGAAAUGUUUUAUACAAAAAUCAGAUCUUGUCAAACAUCAGAGGCUGCACACGGGGGAGAAGCCGUAUUCCUGUCCUGAUUGCGGGAAAUGUUUUUCAGAUAAGUCCAAUCUUCAUACGCAUCAGAGAUUGCACACGGGGGAGAAGCCGUAUUCUUGUCCAGAGUGCGGGAAAUGUUUUUCUCAUAAAUCCAAACUUAAUGAGCAUAAAAGAACUCAUACAGGUGAGAAGCCAUUUGCCUGUUCUGAGUGCGGGAAAUGUUUUUCAAGGAAGUCCAAUCUGUCUAUCCAUCAAAGAUGUCACACGGGAGAGAAGCCAUAUUCCUGUUCCGAGUGCGGGAAAUGUUUUGCACAAAAACCAGACCUGGUCACACAUCAAAGAAUGCAUACGGGGGAAAAACCAUAUUCCUGCCCUGAGUGUGGGAAAUGUUUUUCACAAAUAACCCAUUAUAAUAACCAUCAGAGAAUGCAUACGGGAGAGAAACCAUAUUCCUGUCUGGAGUGCGGGAAAUGUUUUUCAAGCAAAUCCAAUCUUUACACACAUCAGAGAUGGCACACGGGUGAAAAUCCGUAUUCCUGUUCUGAGUGCGAUAAAUGUUUUGUACAAAAAUCAGAUCUGGUCACUCAUCAAAAGUCUCACACAAAGGAAAAGCCAUAUUCCUGUCCUGAGUGCGGGAAAUGUUUUUCAAGGAAGUACCAUCUUUCCGAACAUCAGAGAUCUCACACAGGUGAGAGACCACAUUCCUGUCCUGAGUGCGGGAAAUAUUUUUCAACGAAAUCCAAUCUUUCCAUACAUCAGAGAUUGCACACAAAGGAGAAGCCGUAUUCUUGUCCUGAGUGCGGGAAAUGUUUUUCAUUUAAGUCCGCUUUUAACUCACACCAGAGAUAUCACACGGGGGAGAAGUCACGUUCCUGUCCUGAGUGA